UAAAAAAGUUCGUUCCUAGAAGUUCCUUGCUCGGGUUUUGAAUUUCAUUUGGCACUGGCGAUUAGUUACCACGCGCGUACAGGGCGGGAUCCUCCGCGCUUAAAAAGAUAGCAAAACAACCCUUGCAAAUUCGUUACACACCCAAAACUCACUGAAUGCAAAUUGCGUGAACUCUCCCUCGUCUUGCAAUCACACGCUUCUUUCCACCAGCAAAGCAAGCACCGCCAUGGACGAAUCCUCACUGCAACUCGUUUCCCAAAUUGGAACUCACCUCUCCCAACGAACUCGUCCAAACAAGGAUUUCAUUGUCAAAUCUCUUCGAAAAGCUGCAAAUGCUUUGUCAAAUAUAGAACAGUCACCUCAGCCGCAAACGGCCAAAGAAGUACAGGCUAUGAAGAAACGAGAAGAUGCUUUGAAGCCCCUGACAGAUGCUGUGGUUUGUGGCGGUCUGCUUCGUCAUGAGGAUAAGGAUGUCAAGCUUCUCGUUGCUAUUUGUGUCACUGAACUGUUUAGAGUCAAAGCUCCCGAACCCCCUUUUGAAGACAAGCAUUUAAGGGAUGUGUUUAAACUUAUCAUUGGUUUGUUUGCGGAUCUAGCUGACACUUCAAGUCCAUUAUUUUCAAAAAGGGUUAAAGUAUUGGACACCAUGGCUCAAUUAAGGUGUUGCGUGUUAAUGUUGGAGGUUGACUGCAUAGACCUGGUUCUUGAGAUGUUCAAUGUUUUCUUCUCAGUUGUAAGAGAUGAUCACCAUGAUAGUAUGAUUAAUGCCAUGGCUUCAAUGAUAAUAACCAUAUUGAAUGAGAGUGAGGAAACUUCUCAGAAACUAUUGGAAGUGAUUUUACGGAAUCUUAUAAAGCGAAAAAAAGAUGCAACUUGUGCUGCUUAUCAACUUGCUGUAUCAGUCAUAAAAACUUGUGUUGAAGAGGAUGAGCUGAAUUCCCUAGUUUGUGGGUUUUUAUCUUCUUGUAUAUAUGACAGAGACACUGUAGGCUGCGAGCUUAAAGAAUUUUACCAUGAAAUUAUCUUUCAAGUUUUCCAGUGUGCACCUCAUAUGCUUCUUACAGUUAUCCCUAGCUUAAUUGAAGAGUUAUCGGCUGAUCAGGUUGAUGUUCGUAUUAAAGCUGUUAAUUUGGUGGGGAAACUUUUUGCACUUCCCAAACACCAUGUUGCACAGAAGUAUCAUGAUCUUUUUGUGGAGUUUUUGAAAAGAUUUUCUGAUAAAUCUGUGGAUGUUAGAAUUAGUGCUCUGCAAUGUGCCAAAGCUUUCUAUGUGGCGAAUCCUUAUGGGAGAGAAUCACAUGAUAUUAUCAGUUCUGUUGAAGGUCGAUUGUUAGACUUUGAUGACCGAGUGAGGAUGCAGGCGGUUGUUGUAGCCUGUGAUAUUUGUAGUUCAAACCUGAUGCUUGUUCCGUUGAAACUAAUGUCAGAAGCCACUGAAAGACUUCGAGACAAGAAGAUACCUGUUAGAAAGAGGGCCUUGCAGAAGUUGAUGGAAUUGUAUCGAGAUUACUGCAAGAAAUGUUGUGAAGGAAGCAUGACGAUUACUGAUCGCUUUGAAGAAAUUCCAUGUAAAAUUUUGAUGCUUUGCUAUGAUAAGGAUUGCAAGGAGUUCAGGUCCCAGAGCAUGGAAUUGGUUCUUGCUGAUAAUCUAUUUCCCGAUCAUCUUUGUGUUGAGGAAAGGACAAAGCACUGGAUACACAUGUUUUCUCUUUUCAGUUCUCAUCAUGUAAAAGCACUGAAUACUAUUUUGACCCAAAAGAGAAGGUUACAAAAUGAGAUGAAAAACUAUUUGGCUAUACGGAAGAAAUUAAAGGAACUUUGUGCUGAAGAAACACAAAAGAAGAUUGAAAGUGUGUUUACAAAAAUGGCAGCAUCUUUCUCAGAUUCUCACAAAGCAGAAGAGUGCCUUCACAAGUUAAACCAAAUAAAAGAUAAUAACAUGUUUAAAUCUCUUGAAAAGUUAUUGGAGGAACCAACAUUCACAAUUGGACAAACCAUAAAAGAUGAACUUCUUGUAAUGAUCGGAGACAGAAAUCCAAAUUAUGAGUUUUUACGUUCACUCUUCUCCAAAUGUUCAUCUAACAUUUUCAGCUCAGAGCACGUCCAGUGUAUUUUAGAUUAUCUUUCCAAUAGUGAAGGUGGAUUUAAGAACCUGGAGGAUUCUUCUCUAAAUCUUCUGCUGGCUAUUGUUAGAAUUUUCCCCUCAAUGCUGAAAGGCUUGGAGAAGCAGUUUCAAAUGUUGUUGGAGCAUACUAAUCCUGUAAAUGACAAGAUGAUUGAGGUUAUAUCAAUGGCAGGUCAUACCAUUUCUUUCAAUCUCAGUGAUAUUUACCCAUUUCUAGAGAAGAUGUGCUUAGGUGGAACUCGCAGACAAGCCAAAUUUGCAGUCUCAGCAAUUGCCUCCUUGAGUUCUGAACAUUCAGUGUUCUCAAAAUUAUUUGAGAGACUAAUUUAUUCUUUGAAUAGCCAAUGGAAUGUUCCAACAAUUACGCACAAUCUGGGAUACACCGCACUAUACUCUAUUUCAGCUUUUGAAACUCAAGUUGAAGAGAUCACAUCAUAUAUAUGCCAGAAGGUUAUUCAAAUGGAGUGUUUGGAUGAUGAUGAUCUGACACCCUUGCAUGAUACCUCUCAGAGCAGCAAAUCUUGUCAAUUGAAGAGACAAAUUUGUUGUUUAAAUAGCCAGUGGAAUGUCCCAACCAUUUUGCAAUCUUUGGGAUGCAUCGCACAAUGCUCUGUUUCAGGUUUUGGAACUGAAGUUGAAGAGAUCAUAUCAUAUAUAUGCCAGAAGAUUAUUCAAAUGGAGUGUUUGGAUGAUGAUGAUCUGACAUCCUUGCAUGAUACCUCUCAGUGCAGCAAAUCUUGCCAGUUAAAGAUUUAUGCGAUGAAAACACUAGUAAAUAGCUUUUUGCCUUACCAAGGGAACCAAGCCAAGCAGAACAUUAGUGGACUCUUGGGUAUUUUAGCAAGAAUGCUACGGGAAAGUGAUCACUUUGUUGAUAGUGAAAAUGAUAAAGCUCAUAUCAGAUUAGCUGCUGCAACGGCAGUUCUUCGUCUUGCUAAGAAGUGGGAUAUACAUAUCACUCCAGAAAUUUUUUGCUUCACUAUUUUGAUUGCAAAGGAUUCUUCUUCUUUUGUUAGGAGCAAAUUUCUUAGUAAAACUCAUAAAUUAUUGAAGGAGCAUAAACUACCUAUCAGGUUUGCUUGUGCUUUUGCAUUGGCAGUGACUGAGAGCAUCGAUGAUCUGCGAUUUCAAAACUAUAAACAUAUGGCAGAGUUUAUUAAGGAUUACAGUAUAGUAGCUUGCAAACGACAAACUUCUGCUUUUCGAGGAGCAAUCAUUGAUUACCCUGCAUAUAUUUUAGUGUACUUGAUUCAUGUGCUUGCUCAGAGUAAUAACUUCCCUGAAGUUUUUCAAAAUGAAAACUUGUGUGCUGACCUUUGUAGUCCACUCUUCUUUCUCUUGCAGGCAUUGGUUGAUGUAAGUAUUGUUGAUGGUGACCGGGAGCUUGUUAAUGAGGCUGUCUUAUAUAUAUUUAGCAUUUUUCGAGCAAUCAGAAAAGCUGAGGAUUCUGUUGAUGCACAGAUGACCAUUAAGCUGCACAAGCUGGCUGAAAUUGGGAGAUUUGCUUUAAAUGCAUUAAGUCCCAGUGAAAUUUCUGUAUCACAAGCCCCGCGACAAGUUUUGCUGCCUUCGUCAUUGUAUAGAGUGAGUCUCACUAAGGAUGAUGCUAGUUCAAAAUGUCCAAAGUUCUAUUUUGAUGAGAUUUUUUUAAGUAGAGUCUUUGACAUGCUUAAAAAAUCUGGUGAAUCUCAGACAUAUGCUCAAAAGUCUGUAAAAACACUUCCGAAGCCUACUCGCAAAGGUCAACAGGAUGUCCAAAGGUCCAAUGUUAAUAUUUGCAGCGUGCUGGACUUGGCUUCUAGCAAACCAGACAAUUGUCCCAAGAGAGACACUACAAAUGCUAAAACUGUGAAGCCUAAAAUAACUUUAGAGAAAAAGAGAAAACAUGUGCCUCGAUCUGAUUCUGGAUCAGUUGGUUUGCAUGAAUGCUCUACAAUUGAGAAGCAGCAAAAAUUACAAUCAAAACAAGUUGAAAAUACUUCAGAGAGAAACCGGCUUUCAUCUAGUGAUUCUGUGAGCUGUAAGGGUUCUAUGGUGGAAUCACAUAUGCUGACCCGUAAAUCGAAAAGAGCUGCCACUUAUUCAUUGGAGAAUGCUGUGACAAGUAGCAAAAAUACUGUUCAACAUUUCAAAUGCCCUAGAACUAACCUCAAAGAUACAUGUCGUUCUAAGACACGAGAUAUACUGGCAGAUGUUUCGAAUAAAAAUCAUAUCACCCACUGUGAUCCUAGUGAGGAUUCUUCUCUCAGUUCUAUAAAGCAAAGUACGGAUACGACAAGAUGCCUAGCAGCUAAUGAGGGAACAUCGCUGAGGGAAAAUAAUCUUGGUGCAGCAAGUGUGGAUGGAAGUGAAAAGUUCACAGAGACAACAUCAGAAGUUGUCAAUUCGAGUGAAUAUGCUGUUAGAACAAGGCGGAAAGUAUAAAUAUCAUUCAGCAUUCCCACCUUCAGUUACCUUUACUGAAUUUGAAAGAAUGCACAUUCCAAUAUGUGAUUAUGCAGUUCCAUUCAUAGUAUUCGUUACUCUUUCUUGUAGCAGUUGCCUUGUUGCAGCAAUUGCCUUGUUGCGUAAAUUCUGACUGAUGAAAGGAUUAAGUUAACAAGUUGGCAAAGUUCUUGAAAUUAUAGCAGCUUGACGGAUAAAGACAUCUUUGAAAAAUAGUUACUCUAGGUUGUAUAUCAAAUGCAUUUAAAUACAACACAUGUGUAUAUUAGGAUUCUCAAUGCAAAAAUAUGUUUAUGUCUGAAUAUACACUAGUCUCAAUAUCUUUAUAGAUACUUUUGAGUCCAAAGGUAUGUUAGCAGUUUUUCAAUUGUUAACCCAACAUAUACUAUCGUUUUCUCAAAUACUGGAAGUGACUUGUUGAUCCCUAUCUACUUUCUGCAGCAUUUGUAUUAACAAAAUCGCAAGCUGGUGUAUUUUGCCUUU